CACACCUUCAAUAGCUCCAUAUCUGACCACCCUUGGAAUUUAGUUUGUAGCACAGCUUUUAUCAGUGAUGGUUCGUGUUUUCUAAACCAUUAUGGGAAAUAAAUUAUUGACAUUUUCGGAACAACAAUUAGAAAAUUACCAGGACUGCACUUUCUUUACGAGGAAAGAAAUUUUAAGAGUUCACAAAAAAUUUCGAAACAUUCGCCCCGAUUUAAUCCCAAAACGUAUGCGCCAGAAUGAGCAAGUCACGAUUAAAAUACCACUGGAAGAUAUUGUUGAAAAAUUACCCGAACUGCGGGAAAAUCCUUUUAAAAAACGCAUUUGUGAAGUGUUCUCUCGCGACGGGAAAGGAAAUUUAUCUUUCGAAGACAUUUUAGACUUGCUUUCAGUGUUCAGCGAGCAAGCUCCAAGGGACAUAAAGGUUUUUUAUGCGUUCAGUAUAUAUGAUUUCGAUAAUGACCAAUAUAUCGGCGCCGACGAUUUAGAUAACACGUUAAUUCUGCUCAUGCAUCAGGAAUUAACACCCGAAGAUCGGCAACAAAUUAUUGAAAAGGUUAUAGAAGAAGCAGAUGUUGACGGGGAUGGAAAAUUAUCUUUUAUGGAGUUCGAACAUGUGAUUACUCGCGCACCCGAUUUUCUCUCCACUUUUCAUAUACGGAUAUAGCUAAAUCAAUAAUCAGAAACAAUAAAAUUUAUUUAUGUUUAAAAUUACAAUUUAUAUUUACAACCAGGGGGAGAAAUAUAAGAAUAUAACAGCAAUAUGAAGAACAAAAGGCACGUAUAACACUUACGAAGUGAUUGUCGGCAAGUCACCAAGUAACGAAAUAGCAAAUAGAAAACUAGUUUUAUUAGAUUCACAGCUACAUUGUAUUAAGAUUUCUUUGAUAAUUAUUGUAUUGAACAUUUAUGAAGAAUAAAACUCACAGUUUGCCCACUACGUGUAACAUUUUUGAUUUUUUAUAUUUGUCAGUUACUUAUAGAUAAUUAUAUAAAGUACCAGUCGAUGAUAUUGAAUAAAUGUUUUGUCAAGUCGGCUACAUUCAUUCUUCUUCACGUUCCACUUGAACAAUGAUCAACACAACAGCAAUAAAACAAUGAACAACAAUUAUUUAUUACGGUAUAUACGUAUAGAACAUGCCCGGAUGUUUAUUAUAAAUAAAAAAAUA